UCAACAGGCACGUCAGAUCUGAGCCCCUUCUCUGACCCCCGGCAGUUCGAUCGCUCCUUCCCCACGCUGCCGGCUCUCACCGAGACCAGAUUCUCCGACCCACGGAUGCAUUACCCCGGCGCCAUGUCCGCUGCCUUCCCUUACACCGCGACGCCCUCCGCCACAGGCAUUGGGGGCAUCAGCAUGACCAGCAUGCCCACCACGACGCGUUUCCACCACACUUACCUGCCUCCCCCCUACCCCGGCUCCACGCAAAACCAAAGUGGACCCUUCCAAGCCAACCCCUCUCCCUACCAUUUGUACUACGGCACGUCUUCGGGCUCCUACCAGUUCUCCAUGGUGGCGGGCGGCGAGCGCUCCCCUACACGGAUGCUCUCUUCUUGUACAAGUGCCUCGGCGGGGAACAACUUAAUGAAUCCCAACCUGGGCAAUCAGAACGACGGGGUGGAUGCGGACGGGAGCCACAGUAACUCACCGACAGCCAUGACGACUACUGGGAGGAUGGACGAGUCGGUCUGGAGACCCUACUAGGAGGAACUCAACUGGACACCGAUAGCUUUAACUUAAUCAGCCACCGUUACGUUACUCCUUUUGGUAGUGAAUAGAGCAAAAUGAUGCCUUAGGGAAAAGGUAAACCAAAGUCUCCCAAACCAAAAGCAAACCAGGAUCCUCUGCAUGCAAGCAUGGGCAAACAUCAAGCGAAGAUGGACCGGGACCUACGUUACAUUUCAAGAUGAACGUCCAGGAGGCUUGAAUUUGUUGCUUG